AUAUAGCAAUACAUACUGUCAAGAAACAUUACAGGUGUUCCCAUUGCAGUUAUUUGGCUAUUACAAGUGAGAAAUUUAAGAGAUAUGUUAAGCAAUACAGGUGAUAAACCUUACAAGUGUUUUCUCUGUAGUUAUUCAUGUACUUAUAAAUGGGGUUUAAAAAAUCAUAUGUUGACGCAUACAGGUGAAAAACCAUAUAAGUGCUCUCAGUGCAGCUAUUCGUGUAUUGUCAGUGGCAGUUUAAAACAGCAUAUGUUGAAGCAUACAGGUGAAAAACCAUAUAAGUGCUCCCAGUGCGGCUAUUCGUGUAUUGAUAGUAUUAGUUUAAAACGGCAUAUGUUGAGGCAUACAGGUGAAAAACCAUAUAAGUGCUCUCAGUGCAGCUAUUCAUGUAUUGUCAGUAGCAGUUUUAAAACAGCAUAUGUUAAUCAUACGGGUGAGAAGCCUUAUACGUGUUCCCUUUGCAGCUUUGCGAGUGCUGUAAGCAGUAGUUUAAAAAGACACAUGUUAAGGCAUACAGAUGAAAAAGCUUUUAAGUGUUCCUUAUGUAACUAUUCUACUUGCAGAAGUGUAAGUUUACAAAAACACAUAUUGACGCAUACAAGUAAAAAUCCUUACAGGUGUUCCCACUGCGACUAUGCAACUGUUCGUAUUGGGCAUUUAAAAGAGCAUAUGUCAAUACAUAUGGGUGAAAAACCUUAUAAGUGCUCCCAGUGCAGCUAUGCAUGUACUAAAAAAGAGAGUUUGAAAAAACAUAUAUCAAGACAUAUGAGUAAAAAUCCUUAUAAGUGUUCUCUUUGCAACUAUGAAAGUGCUGAUAGUAGACAAUUUGAAAUGCAUAUCCAAAAGCAUAAAGUAGAAAACCCAUAAAUAGAAAACAUAUGUUAACUGCACGUAAAAAACCUUGUAUGUACUAUGAGUUUGAAAGUUUCCUUUGCAGCUAUGCGAGUGCUGACAGUGACAUUUAAAAAGCAUAUGCAAAGGGAAACUAUUCACAUGUUUUGCUUAAUAACAUUCAAAUUAACUAGCACACAAAAUGAAGUGAAAUAUUUGGGAAUCUACAUUAAUAGGUGAUAAACAUGGUGAAUCCACCUUUGGAAAUUUGUCAUUUCCUCAAGUUAUUAAGGGGAGCAAUCCACUUGUACAUGUUAACUUAGGUACAUAUUUAUAAUGAACCACUUGACUUAGAGAGUUGAAAUUUGGCACACUAAUAGAAUGCACCUUUUUACAUUUAUGUGGACAUGUUCAAUUUGUAAUAUUUUAACAAAAUUAAAAAAAGUAAUUUUUUGUUUUAAUAUAAAAAACUUCAAAUUUUUAGAGGAAAAAGUUGUACAAAAUAAAAAUGAAAAAGUAGAAAACUUUCCACAUGUCCACUUGUGUAAAACAGUGAGAUCUAUAGGUGUACCAAUUUUCAGCUCUCUAAGUGGUUUUGGAAAAAAAUUGUACCUUAAAAUGAAAAAAUGCAACUUACGGAAAAUGACAGAAACAAAUUUAAUAGUGUCCUGGGUUUUCAGGAUCUUCAUUUUCCUCAAACUCAUCUUCUAACCUCCAUCUUUUAAGGUAGUUUGCUGCCUACACUUCUUUUGGAGUUCUUGUAUUGACUUUUCUGCUUUUUUUACUCUUCGGACGUCAAACAUUUUCAUCGCGGAAACACAGUUUUCACCAGCGAAUACACCCAUUUGCUUGAACAUAUGGCACUUUGUAAUGUUUCCCUUGUUGUACCCUGCUAUUGCCUCAUACACACCUAGUUCAAGGGUUCCUAGUCUUACAAAUACUUUUUUUGGUAGUCUGCUCCAUAUAAUAUUGUUGAGCGACUCGCUGAUAUUUUGCGUUCCACCGUGUGAACAUUUGGCAAGUAGGACAGGAUUGGCCAAGUCCCUAAAAAUAGGUUUUAUUUCUUCAAGAACUGCAGAGGGGAGGUGAGUAUGCUCUGAAUGUUUGUAUUCAGUACCAUCUAGUUUUGAUUUUUGGAACUUGCAUUAAGUAUUGUCAUCUUUCGGGCAUAAUCCGUGUUCAGGGGUUUCGUCGGUGGAGCCAAGAUGGAAAUAUUCAGCCCAUAUUCCAGUUUUCAUAGCUUCAACACCUUUCGUGGCAUUCCGCCUGAUAGCUAGGCCAUAAAAUAUUUGUAUGGUGUCUAUAGCAUGCCCUGUUAGACGGCCUUGUCCACCAAUCUUCUUCCCAUCUGAUAGAACUUUUUUUAAUUUAUAUGUUCUCAAGCGUUUGCCCAUACGCUUUUGCUCGUACUCUAAUAGAUUGCCCAAUUUCACCUUGGAUGCACUGUCUUUGGGGCAGGGAAUGUCAUCAAUAUUUGCUUUUCCAGGCUGGUCUAGGUUAGGCUCAGACUUGAUAGGUUUAUCACGAUUUUGCCAACCAAUAGUUUUUCGUUUUUUAAAAAGUUUUGUUUGUCUUGGCAUUAUUAGACCUAUAGAAGUAGAUGAGAAAUAAAUAAAGUACUAUGAAAACACAACACUAAUAACACAAUGCACUUGUAAUCACAACUACACAAUCCUUCAGCAUUAGUAAACUAAACAUAACCUAAAAGUUGCUAUUUACAAACUAGUCACUUUCAUUGAGUCAACAUGCUUAGAACAGCUGAUUGCAAAGAUACUCAAAUAAAACAGUUCAACAUAUUUAGCACAAUAUGGUACAUUAUGUGAAUUUUGCUUUUUGCGCGGUGUUUUCGAUAGAAUAAAUUUGUUGCAAGCCCUUACAAAUAUAUUUUUUUGCAAAUAAGCCAAUUUCAAACCAUAUCAUGUUACAUAUCAUUUUAAAGAGGAAACUUGAAUCUUUCCAGUAGUAUCAAGAACAGAAAACCCAUAAAAAUUAAAUUUUAAAGUGGUCUGCUCCCCGUAAGGUCUUUGGAUGCUAACCAACCAUAGUUUUUUUUCUAAUAUUGUUUAUAUUUUUAUUCAAUAGAUUGUAAGUACUAAGUAUAAUCUAUUACAUAUGUAUAGUAAUAAACAACUGCCAAAAUUGUCACUUUCACACCACUGCCUUACAAAUAUUAAAAAAACUCAAUUUGUGGAUUAUUUUAAUAGCAUAUUGUGCGUUCAUACUGUAGUUAUCGGUAAUGUAUUUAAAUGUCAGUUUACUUGAAAUUAACAAUAUACGAGAAUCCACACCUGUUGUUAAUUAUAUAGGUUAUUUCUCGUACUUAUAAUGGUAUGUUUAACAAUGGUUAUUUCUCGUAUAGUACUUUGUUAAACUUUAUGACCAUUAAGAAAAAACCUAAUCAACUAUAAAUAAUUGUGUAGGAUAUUAAAUGUAUGUCCUUCAAUCGCAUAGAAUAACGGAAGAAUUUGUUUUAGUUCCAGGUAACACCCAAAUGGUUAUAAUCUUAAGUCUGCCAAUUACUGAAUAAACACACCUUUAUUAUUAAUCACAUGUAUUAUCGGACUUCAGUAGGCCUGUAAAUUUUCAUAGAAGGCAUUUCGGUACAGUUUACAGUAUGUCCAGUCUAUAUCGCUACCUACAUUUUUCAGUGUUUCUCAGCAAAAUACUGUCAGUCUACUAACGUCUGAGUGAAUCAAACACGUGAAGUAACAGCCCGACUGGUACUUGUAGUGUAAUACAUCUGUGUGUAAUUCUUAUUCAAUAUCAUACCAUAUAUGAAUGUCAUAGCAAUAGUGAUCAAGGUUGACGUCCUACUUGUAAGAAUUUGGAACUACUACCACGGAAAGAAGCGUGAUUAUGUUCAGUAAAGUGAGACUGCUUAAAAUUUAAAAUUAGUUUAGAGAGGAACGAGUCUAGGAAAAGUUAUAACAAUUGCAUAUUAUCUAUUAACGAAACAACUGUCUGUCAUAUGUCUAAUAAACCCAAUAUGGAAGAUACA